AUGGUUGAAGUAAAGAAUACGAACAAAAUUAAAGGCGGCACAGAAUGGUUAUUAGCAAAAAUUGUAAAAAUCAAAAAUGGAGGUUAUGAAGCUCAAGUAAUAAAUAGUCCACUUUCUGGCGCAAAGUUUUUUCGGUGUUCAAAGGAUAUACGAAAAUAUAGUGCUAAUGACAACUUCCAGAUUAACGAAAUUGUUGAAGUAAAAAAUCGUAAUGAAUGGAUUUUAGGAAAAAUAAUAGGAAAAGAAGAGGGAAAGUAUGUAAUUAGUGUUGUAAGUGGACACGCUUAUGACAAAAUUUUUAGACGUUAUUCGGAUGAUUUAAGAAAGUAUGAUUUAGAAGAAGCAUUGAAACAUUAUGAAAUUGGUGAAAUUGUUGAGAUAAAAAGCUUUGACCAACAAACAAAAGAAACUAAUUGGAUUAAAGCAAAAAUAUUAGAAAUUAAUCAGGGAAAUAAUUGUAGUGUAGAAGUUGUGGAUAAAUGUAAAUUAAUUGGUGGUAUAAUUAAAAGAAAUAUUUAUAGUAUGAGGAAAUUUAAAAUUGAAAAUUUUCAAGUCGGUGAACAAGUUGAAGUAUGCAUUUAUCAUAAAAUUGAAGACAAAACUGAAUGGGUAAAGGCUAAAAUAUUAGGAAAACGAAAUGGAAUGUAUAUUUUGGGGAUGGGAACAAAUAUACUGGAAGAAUAUCCAUGUAAUAUAAGAAAAAUUAAAUCUGGAUAA